AUGGAAGAACUCGUGGAAUUCGCGGAGCACGUAAAAGUAAAUACUGAAGGGUUAAGAAAAAUUCAAUUAUCAAAGGGAGUUCGUCAGAAAAUCGAAGCAAAUCUGGAGAAAUCGGGUGACAAGAAAGCUUUACUUGAGGGCUAUAUUACGAUGGUGACAUCCGAGCCACUCCCAUUAGAAACUCCAGAUGAAACAAGUGAGCAAACGCAGGAAAAUGAGGACGGAGUACAAACGAGUAAAACUGAUUCGGAAACUGUCUCAAACCCCUCAAAAGAUCUGGUUUCUAAAUUAAAUGUUGAUUUGGUAAAAGCACUAUACAACGAUUACGUGCCAAUGGAGUUAAGUUAA